CUGGGUUGGGCUGACACUACGUGGUAGCAUAGGACAGGCACGCCUGCAGACAUUCCCUGGGAAAGGGCAGAAGCAGCCAGGUGUGAAUGAGGCAGGAUGAACUGGACAGGUUUAUACACGUUGCUGAGUGGCGUGAAUCGGCAUUCUACUGCCAUUGGCCGAGUAUGGCUGUCAGUCAUCUUCAUCUUUCGAAUCAUGGUGCUGGUGGUGGCUGCAGAGAGUGUGUGGGGUGAUGAGAAGUCUUCCUUCAUCUGCAAUACCCUCCAGCCUGGCUGCAACAGUGUCUGCUAUGACCACUUUUUCCCCAUUUCCCAUGUGCGUCUGUGGUCCCUACAGCUCAUCUUAGUUUCCACUCCUGCUCUCCUCGUGGCCAUGCAUGUGGCUCACCAGCAGCACAUAGAGAAGAAAAUGCUGCGGCUUGAAGGCCAUGGGGAUCCCCUUCACUUGGAGGAGGUGAAGAGGCACAAGGUGCACAUCUCAGGGACACUAUGGUGGACAUAUGUCAUCAGUGUGGUGUUCCGGCUGCUGUUUGAGGCCGUCUUCAUGUACGUAUUCUAUCUGCUCUACCCUGGCUAUGCUAUGGUCCGGCUGGUCAAGUGUGAAGCCUAUCCUUGUCCUAACACUGUGGACUGCUUUGUGUCACGCCCUACUGAGAAGACCGUCUUCACCGUCUUUAUGCUCGCUGCCUCCGGCAUCUGCAUCAUCCUCAACGUGGCGGAGGUGGUGUACCUCAUCAUCCGGGCCUGUGCUCGUAGAGCCCAGCGCCGCUCCAAUCCACCCUCCCGCAAGGGCUCGGGCUUUGGCCACCGUCUCUCACCUGAGUACAAGCAGAAUGAGAUCAACAAGCUGCUGAGCGAGCAGGAUGGCUCUCUGAAAGACAUACUGCGGCGAAGCCCUGGCACCGGGGCCGGGCUGGCUGAGAAGAGUGAUCGCUGCUCAGCCUGCUGAGGCCAUGAGUGUGUGUGUACCAGGCAACCUCCUAUCCCACCACCUCCCAACCCUGCCCUGGGCCUGCCCCUCUUUUUUCCCCUGCCAGUGAGCAGGCCUCUGCCUGCUAGGGAUUACUCUCUCCAAACCUUCUUUCCCUCUCUCUUUCCCUUCCUCCGAGGCCUUUCUGUCUGAGGAGUUAGAGGGAUUGGGGAGCUAGAGGUCACCUCUGCAGCAGUGUUCACUGUUACUGGGGCUAUGAACAAGCUCCUGUGGCAGGCAACCUCUUCUUCUUCCCUCACCCUCUCCCUGGGACCACUGUGGACAAGAGAUGGGCUGCUCUGACAAUGUCUCCAAUUAUGAAACUAAUCUUAACCCUGCACUGUCAGAGCUCCUGUUUCUAGAGUCCUAUCAGUGGGAAGGGAUGGGGGUAAGCCAGUGAAGGAGCGGUGCUGUGGACAUGUGGGUGGAGAAAGGAGGGUAGCAAGCAGCAGAAAGGAGGAACAGAGCUUGCCUUGCUGCUGCCACAGGAAAAAAAGAGGACAAGUCUGAGGUGAAGGAAUUAGGGAGAGAGGAACAGGCAGAUAAGUUGAUGUGGGGGUUGGUCAGGGCUGCCCCUGUCUCCAGUCCCCAAGGCCUUUCUCAGCCUGAAAUGUUACACAUUAAACAGGAUUUUACAGUAAAUGAA